AUGUCUACCGCCAAGUCGACGGACGACAAGCGAUUGGUGGACGCCGAGCAGUAAGUGAGAAGCAAGACGCUGGCCGUCCCAAAGUCAUUGAUUGAGCUUCGGCCAUAAAGUACCAGUCGUCGCUCGCCCGCGCUCUUGCUUUCCGUCUCUCACUCCAGCUUGCUCCCCAAACCCUUCAUUUUCCCACUGCUUACUCUGAUUCCCCUCACAAAAAGUGCAAACGCGCACCUCACAUUGCUCUGCGAGCAUCACUCAUUCCUUUACUUCCAACUUGUUCAGGAGCCAGGAGCUCACCCCUCAAAUCGCACAGGCUGCACCCCAUUUCUCCAUUUGUUCCCCUCUCCACCCCUUUCCCACCCCUGCUUUCUCGACCAGCACAGGAUGACUCAAUUCGCCCGCGUCUUCUUGCUUCUCCUCCCUCUUGUUCAGCUCGCCUGUUCGGUGCCGCUUGGCAACAGCCUCAACGAACGACGGCAGACGAGCGGCGGCGCAGCUGCUGCCUCUCCCUUCCAGGGCAAUGCUCGCUUCUCGAGCUCGAGCACGAGCAACUUCCCUCAAGCUCCACCCUUGCCACCUUUGAGAGCUCUCAACACCCGCCCCGCUACUUCUUCUGCUACGAGUGACGAAGACGCAAGUGAUGCGCAGACCACAACGCCCGCUGCUGGAGACGGCGUUGACUCUGCUUCAAGCUCAAGCUCAACCGUUCAAGAUGACGUCACUAGCACAGUCGACGAGAGUGUCCAGCCCACCUCAAACUCGCGAGUGCUCACGGCCACAGCUCAAGCAGCAGACGCUAAUUCCGAGCUACAAUGGGUGAGCUGGUCAUCGCUCAAAGUCUCUUUCGCUCGUCGCGUUGCUGAUCAUAAGUUCCUUUCGCCUUGGUAUCACAGGUUCCUUCAGCCGAUGCGAAUCAGGCAGAGCAAGAUGACACGUCAAACUCUGCAAGCAGCGCAAGCAGCGAUGAUGCCUCUGCUUCGGAUGACGACGAGUCUUCAGACAGUGCGGCCUCUUCGGCAAAUCAGCUCGACUCGACUGACUCUGACUCAACGGACAGCGCCUCGACUCCUGCCUGCGGGGCUGCGACUCAGCAAUUGAGUUCUGCGCAAGCGAAGAAGUUGAUCGCCCAAGCAGUCUCUUCCGUCACUGCUGCUAUGGCCUCAGCCACCGCUACUGCUACCCACACCUUCGAUGAUGGCAUGUGGCACCCCGCUACGUCUUCUGCCAUCCCUUCAGCCACGUCUGAUGCCUCUUUGAAGUUCAAGAGCAAUUCUGAAGACGCACAAGAGGACGCCUCAGCCUCUGACGAAGUCGGCGACGAAGGCAUGCAAGAUGUCACCUCCGCCGACUCUGCAGCUUCGGACGCCCAAGACAGCUCAGCAGAUGAGAGUGACACUUCAUUAGAGCGUCGCAGCAUCUACCAUACUCAUCAUGGGAAAGACAAGAAGAGGGUGGACAACUCUGCAAAGGUGACACCUUCCGCUUCGAGCACCAAGUCCAAGAAAGGUCGCAAGUCGAAGAAGGGCAAGAAGUCCAAGUCGAAGGGCAAAGGCAAAUCCAAGAGCAAGAAACAGAAGAGCUCCAAGAAGCGCGCUUUGCAGAUCGUCGUCGCUGGACCAUAUCGCAAACGCUCGCUGGUCGUGACUGGAUCAGACGGUGCCUCUAUCAGCCUUGUUGGUGGAGAUGCUGACCUGCUGCAGGCCAACAUCAAGUCAAGCAACGGCGCCUUGAUCCAUUUGAAGUCGAGGGCGCACAGCCACUCGCACGAGCAUGACCACGAACAUGAGCACGCUCAUGUCCACAGUCACAUUCAUUCCCACGGUCACUACCAUCGUCGUGAUCUCGGAGCGGGCUUGACUUCGCUUGUCGGACAACUCGGCGUUCUGCAGCCUUUGGACGGCGCUAUGUCGGGCACGGGAUUGUCUCAACUGGUAGCGAACCUCGUGCUCGCUCCUCUGCAGGCCGUCGGUUCUGCAGCUACCAGUGCUCUGGGAGGUUCGAUUUCACCAGGUCGAUUUGCUACUGGCCCUGCAGACCCCAACCGGCCUUCACCCAAUCAUUCCUCUGCGACCAACAGCACUUCGGCGUCAGCCCCUCCCGUCUUUAUGCUCUCGCCCAGCACUAGCUCUUCGGGCGUCAAGCUUCAGCUGAUCGAAAUGGCCGACUCGGAUGGCGGAAGCGGUGCUAAUGUCGGAUGGAAGCAAGUUGAGUUGCAGGCCACCUUGACCACGGCACCUGCCAACGAGCCGCAUCUCUACUGUGCAACGAUCCGCAAACCCGCUAGUCUUCGUAUGGAAAUCUGCGACGAUGAGGCCUCCAAGACGACGGCCGACGGAUCGGCUCCUGACGACCAAGCUGCGAGCAGAAGAUUCUUGUACGACCCGACCACUGGCGAGGUUGUGCCAGCGUCGGCUGCUUCUGCAAGCACGACGCCUGCUGCACCUUCCGCAUCAAGCUCAGGCGCCGCUUCCAGUAGCACCUCUCUAUCUCCAGCCAGCACGUCCACCAGUGGGACCGGCGCACCAGCUCAAGUGGCCUCUAUGCCUGUCCCACCGGCGCCCAAAGCUGCACCGAGUCGCCGUGGUCUUGGCGCCGCCAACCUUGGAGACAAUCCUUCAGAUGCCAAUCAAUCGACGCAAGUAAAGCUAGUCUUCUUCGUUGACGCUCCCAAAGGAGCAGAUGCGAGCGCUGCUCAAGCAGCUCAAGAUGGUGCUCCUUCCUCCGACACGCAGAGUGCAGACAGCAGCAGCAGUGCAGCAUCACCAAGCGAUGCAGCACUUCGUCCUGCAUUGGUGUCGGAUGCGCAGGACGAUGCGGCAGAUGCUCACGAUGAGGCGACCGAUGCAGAUGUUGCAGGAGACUCAGACGGUAACACUAUGCCUGGUGAUGAUGCUUCGUCAGAUGCACCUGCCGAUAGCGACACUGGUGACUCUCGAUUUGCCUCCGAUAGCGCCGUUAUGGAUUCGAGCGAUGAUGCGCAGGACCAAGAUAGCACUGAUGCUGAUGAAGAAGAUCAAAGCAGCGGAUACUCUGCUUCUUCCUCGGCUCCCGCCAGCGCAACUGCCACCAUCACAGGAACCAGUCUCACUGGCACCAGCGGGUCGGCGUCCGCUACCCAGGCCGCUACAACAGCCACAUCUUCUACCGUAGCCGGCGUCACUGGUGUGCCUUUGCUCUCGGCACAGAUGGCCACUACCCUCUAUCCACAACCUUCUGCUGCUCCAGCUCCGACAGCAAGUGCUGGCAAUGCUUAG